GAAAUAAAUAUACACCCAGAAAUGUAGUGAGAAAAAUGUCCUAGUCGAAUUAUUCGUCUAAUUCUAGUUGAAUUCGUUAUCAGCGGGAGUGGGAUUUUACAUUUAGGAAAGUUUUGCUGAGAUUUCACACGAUCGGGCGGCAAAAGUUCAUUGGCUCGUGAUAUCAUCUCAGAGACUUGUCAGUUCCAGAAUCCAGAGGACAGAAUUCCUUAUUGGAACGCGCGGUUUGCGGACGGCGUGGGACGUGCGACUGCUGGCGGAUAUCCCCCCCAUGCAGCGUGCUGUGUGCAACACGGUCAAGGGAAUAUCCAAUCUGUUAAACGAAUGAAAGAUUCAGCCGAGCAAAAGAUCAACAGACGUGAAAGAGCGGGAGGGAUGAAAAUGGGAAAAAAAGAAGAAGAUUCCAGACAGCGAAAAAUGUCUGUGGUUUUUUAGCAUCGACCAUCAAACUGCACUUGAGAUUUUCGGGACCAACAGUCGGCUGGAAGUAAUAAGGCGUGCGAGAAGCUGAGAACUUGGACUACCGCAGAUUGAUUGCUAGUUUCGCUGCUCCCAACUUUCCAUCAUCCGGCGUGGAGGAGAUCAUCAACGUCUAAUAACAUCCGUCAUGUGGAAAUUGGCCAUUAUUUAUUCGCUGGCCUUGCUGGUCAUUGCGGCGAGCGUUGCUGAAGUGAAGGCUGACGAAACGGUUGAUGAAACGGACCUUGACGACGAAGCCAUGGGCGACUGCGGCAUUUGCCGCAAAGAGGAAUGUCCGCCAGCCUCCGAUUGCCGGGCCGGCCUGGUCCUGGAUCGCUGCGGAUGCUGCAACGUCUGCGGACGCAUCGAAGGCGAAAAGUGCGACAACUACACUCUGCCCUUGCAGUACAAGGAUCGCUACGGAUUCUGCGGCGACAAUAUGGCCUGCCUGUUGCGCAACGAUAUGGAAGACUUGGACAUUAACGAAGCGCUGUGUUAUUGCAAGAAACCGGGGGCGGUCUGCGGGACGGAUCUACGAACUUACGCCUCCGUUUGCAAACUGCGCCAAGAGGCCAUCCAGCGGGGGGACGACGACCUCGCCGUCAGAGAUUGGGGGCCCUGCGAAACUCACCCCGUCAUUUCGUCGGCGCCGGAAAACGUGACGGCCAACAUUCACGACGAUUUGGCGCUGAGUUGCGAAGCCAGAGGCUAUCCGAUUCCUAGCCUGAUUUGGGAAUUUGAAUCGGCCGCCACCGGAAAGAAAACGAAAUUGCCCGGGGACGAUCAAAUGAUCGCUUUACAAGUUCGCGGGGGACCCGAACCUUACAUGAUCUCCUCCUGGAUCCAGAUCCUUCGGGUGCGCUCCACCGACGCCGGCAUCUUCAGCUGUACCGUAGUCAGUAAGAAGGGCAUCGUUCGUGCCGAAGGCACCGUCACCGUUGCCAAGCGAGUGAAAAUUAAGUCAUCACAGACUAAACCCCCGACGCCUACGACUCCGGUUCCGGUCCUUCUUCCUUUGCCGCCAUCUACCACCAGUACCGCCAGCCAUAACAACAACCAAAACGGACCCAAAUUCAACGGCCCCAGAAGGAGUAACAACAACAACAGGAGCCGAGCGCCACGCAAACAACCCGUUUACGAACCGUCAGGAUAAAAUCAGCCAAAACCAACAAAUAACAAAAGGGACAGGAUAUGAAUCUAGUUGGCGAUUCUUCCAGUCUGGGACACACAAGAGUGGCAUCGAUCGAAGCAAUUAAAUGUUAACACACCAAAAUUUUUUUUUAAAUGUUUGAACUCUAUAUAAUCUUAUUGAAUAACAGCUUUAUUCCUCCUUCUUCUUCUUUCCCUUGUUGAGUGACUUUGAAAUUCGUUCUCCAAGUGGCUCCUCCUCAUUAUAUUCCUCAGGAGAAAUCUCCCCCAAUCGAUACACUACCCCCCAAAAAUAAGAAUUUCUCCCAUUGAAACAAAUGAUUGAAUUUUCUUCUUUUUUUUCCCACUGCUAUAUAACGCCGGUAUGUUGAUGCAAUCAAAUAAUAUACAAGAACAGAAAAUAUA